AUGCAUCUCAGCGCCUACUUCGGUCUUCUUUCCUUCGCCGUCUCGGCCGUGGCCGUCCCGACCGGCCAGCAGCCUCACUCGAGCCGCUCCAUUGACAACCUCAAGUCGCACAUCAAGAAUGUGGUCAUCCUUGUCAUGGAGAACCGCUCCUUUGACAACAUCCUCGGCGGUCAGACCUUGAAGGGCCUCGAGAACCCCCUCCAGAACGGCCCGUUUUGCAACCCGUUCAACCUGACCGAUGCCUCCGAGGGCGAGGCCUGCACUGCUCCCAAGAGCUUUGACUCGGUCAUCAAUGACCCUGACCAUGCCAUCUACGGCAACAACAUCCAGUUCUAUGGCGAGUAUACUCCAGACAACGCCGCCAUUGCCUCGGGCAAGCUCAAGGCCACCAACAAGGGCUUUGCGCACGAGCAGAUGCGUCUCUACGAGGCCGAGGCCGAGAAGGCCGACCUCGUGAAGCAGGUCAUGCACUACUACACUGAAGACCAGGUGCCUGUCCUGACUUCCCUUGUCAAGGAGUACCUGACAUUCAACCACUGGCACUCCGAUAUCCCCGGAAACACAAACCCUAACCGCGCUGCCCUUGUUUCCGGUACGUCACACGGCCACGGCCUCAACGAUGAGGGCUUCGACAAGCACGAGCUCCCCAACCGCUCGCUUUUCCAGCAGCUCACCGAGUCCGGCCACUCAUGGAUGAACUACGUCGACCCCGACGGUGGCACUGGCCCCGACGCCGGCUUCUUCGACUGGACCUACAAGACCGGCAACGACGAUAAGAUCGUGCCCCUGGCGAACUUCUACCACGACGCCGCCAAGGGCAACCUCUCCGAGCUCACCUACCUCAACCCGUCCUGCUGCGGCGUCGGCACCACUUCCAUGCACCCCUCCGGCCUCAUCUCUGAUGGGGAGACCCUCAUCAAGUCCGUUUACGACGCCCUCCGCGCAAGCCCGCAGUGGAACAACACCCUCUUCCUCCUCACCUUCGACGAGAGCGGUGGUUUCCACGACCACGUCCCUGCCCCUCUGGCCCCCCGCCCCGACAACCUCACUUUCAGCCUCGAGACCCCCAACGGCAAGAACUAUACCUUCCCCUUCGAUCGUCUCGGCGGCCGUAUCCCUACCCUCCUCAUCUCCCCCUGGGUCAGCAAGGGCGUUGUUGAGCAGCAGGGCACCAACCCCAACGGCGAAACGAUCUCGUACUCUGCGUCGUCGAUUCUGCGCACCCUUGGCUACCUCUGGGACUUUGAGCCGUUCACCCCGCGUGUCGAGCAUGCGGCCUCCUUUGAGCAUUUGAUCCAGGGAUCGGCUAGACAGGAUACCCUUGAGAAGCUUCCGGAGCCCCAGCGCUUCAAGGUCAAGCUUUAG